AGAUGGCAACCGGAAAGCUGAAGAUCCCGGAACCAAAAAUAAAAAGAAGCCCCUUGAAGAAUGCCCUCCAUGCGCUGAAGGACAAGCGGGAUUUGUUAUUCCGAAAAAAGUUCAAAACAUUGGAUGACACAGCCGAACUGAGCGACCCGGUUUAUCAUCUGCUCCGCUGCGCUGCAACUCCAGAUCACCAACCAUCCACUUGCAAAUGCGUUUGUCACACAAAUGAGUUCGAAAACGUCGUAAAUCUACCCGAAAUGAACUGCCCAAUAAAUGUGUUAUUUGCCUCCAAAAGUCAGCAUAGGUAUGGAUCCAUGUAUAAUCAGAAGAGCCCACAAACACGCCUUCCCACAUCAAUGCCAACGCUGUGCCAAUCAGAGGAUGAUGUGUACCUCACUGAACGAUACAGUCAAUUAAGCACGAAUUCGCCCAAAAAUGCUAAGCUUUUCUUCCCGAGUAUAAUUACAAGGCGCCGUCUAUUCAGUGGAUACAAAAAAUAUCACACCCAUUCCCCAAAAAAUGAACUGGCACAUGGGUCCAACGUAGUAGCAUCUCUACCAAGCGACAUGUUCUCUGAAACACCAGUAAGAGACAAACCAAAGAGGUGACACUUUUCACGAAUUGUUCCUUCCGCAUACUCCUAGUUAACUAACAGCUCAAGUCAGCCACGCUGAUGCUACUGACAGUCUCACCCAUACAUUCCGGUUUAUGGCCACUGCAUUUGACUCAAAAGUACAAGGUUUUUCACUCAGAAUCCCUUGAGAGUUUGGCAAUGUGAUUUUGUACAGUUUGCUCACAUUUUCAUUCGAGAAGUCUUUAUCAUCAUCUGCAUCCGUUCACUGCAGCAGAGUAACACAUUUUCUUCCCUUAAACCAAUUUAUUUUCCAGUUUUCAUAGGUUCACUCCUCUCUGAUACAUACAAAUAUUUCCGAAAUUUCUAGAGGAGCCUUUCUUUUCUUUCGAGUUCCUAUAAUUCACUGUGAGGUUGAAUGCGAUAAGCUUUUCUCUCGUCAACCGUUUGAAUGAUCUGAAAAUAUGCCG